CUCUUUACAAUGGAACCUCCAAUUGUUUAUUAUCCUCGUCAGGAAUAUAUUGAAACUGAUACUGGCAACAAAGUGAGCCGUAAGUCUGUAAUUUGUGGGAGUCAAAACAUUAUACUCGGAGGGAAGACCAUUAUUCAAACUGACUGCGUAAUUCGUGGCGAUUUGAGACGUACUGGUGGUGGUCACGCGGUAGUCGUAGCUAUUGGAAGAUACUGUCUUUUAGCCAACGGGAGUAUUAUUAGACCACCAUAUAAAACAUAUAAAGGUUAUUAUCCUAUGAAAAUCGGUGAUCAUGUCACUAUUGGCGAAGGAAGUAUCGUCGAAGCUGCUACAAUAGGCUCGUUCGUUAAUAUUGGAAAAAAUUGCGUUAUUGGAAGGUUUGCAAUUAUAAAAGACUGUUGCAGAAUUGAGGAUAAUACAGUAAUACCACCCAACACAAUUGUACCAUCUUUUUCUAUUUAUGAGGGAUCUCCUGACGAACUUCCUGAAUGUGUACAGGAUCUUUACGAAGCUAAAACAAAAGAUUUUUAUUCUAAAUUCCAAUCCAAGGAUAGUUGA